GAGAGCGCGGGUCACGAGUGCCAGCGCGGCCGACGGCGGCGGCGACAUGGCCUCGGAGCUGGACGUGCGCGCCCGGCUGCAGCGCGCCGGCCAGGAGCACCUCCUGCGCUUCUGCGCCGAGCUGGCGCCGGGCCCGCGUGCCGCGCUGCUGGCCCAAUUGGAGCUCCUGGAGCCCGAGGCGCUGCGCGAGCACUGCCGGCGCGCGGCCGCCGCCUGCGCGCGCCCUCCGGCCCCCGCGCCUGACCUGGCCGCGCGCCUGCGGCCCCUGCCUCCCGAGCGCGUAGGCUGCGCGAGCGGGGUCGCCCCCCAGACGCGGCGGCUCUGGGAGGAGGAAGGUUUCCACCAGAUCGCCCUGAACAAGGUGGCUGUGCUGCUGCUGGCUGGUGGGCAGGGCACUCGCCUGGGCGUGACCUACCCCAAGGGCAUGUAUCAGGUGGGGCUGCCCAGCCAGAAGACCCUGUAUCAGCUGCAGGCAGAACGGAUUCGGCGGGUGGAGCAGCUGGCUGGCGAGCGCUAUGGGACCCGCUGCACCGUGCCCUGGUACAUCAUGACCAGUGAGUUCACUCUGGGGCCCACAGCCAAGUUCUUCAAGGAGCAUGACUUCUUCCACUUGGACCCCAACAACGUGGUCAUGUUUGAACAGCGCAUGCUGCCUGCUGUGACCUUCGAUGGCAGGGCCAUCCUGGAGCAGAAAGACAAGGUUGCCAUGGCGCCAGAUGGCAACGGGGGCCUGUACUGUGCGCUGGCGGACCACCAGGUCUUAGAGGACAUGGAGCGGCGCGGAGUAGAGUUUGUGCACGUGUACUGUGUGGACAACAUCCUGGUGCGACUGGCCGACCCGGUCUUCAUCGGCUUCUGCGUGCUGCGGGGUGCGGACUGUGGAGCCAAGGUGGUGGAAAAGGCGUACCCCGAGGAGCCGGUGGGUGUGGUGUGCCAGGUAGACGGCGUCCCGCAGGUGGUGGAGUACAGCGAGAUCAGCCCCGAGACGGCCCGGCUGCGUGCGCCCGGAGGGGGCCUGCUCUACAACGCGGGCAACAUCUGCAACCACUUCUUCACGCGAGACUUCCUCCAGAUGGCCACCAGGGAGUUCGAGCCCUUGCUGAAGCCACACGUGGCUGUGAAGAAGGUCCCCUACGUGGAUGAGCAGGGGAAUCCAGUAAAGCCACUCGAGCCCAACGGGAUAAAGAUGGAGAAGUUCGUGUUUGAUGUGCUGCCGUUUGCCAAGAACUUCGUGGCCUUCCAAGUGCUGCGGGGGGAGGAGUUCUCCCCUCUGAAGAACGCUGACUCGACUGAGAGAGACAACCCCUCCACGGCGCGGCGGGCCCUGCUCGCUCAGCACCACCGGUGGGCCCUGCAGGCGGGAGCCCACUUCCUGGACGCACACGGGGCCCGGCUCCCCGAGCAGCCCAGCCCACCCGGCAGCGGAGAGCCUCCGGCCAUCUGCGAGAUCUCGCCCUUGGUGUCAUACUCCGGAGAGGGACUGGAGGUGUACCUGCGAGGCCGGGAGUUCGGGUCCCCACUCAUCCUGGACGUGGACACGGCCAGGACACUGCAGGCCUGACUCCCUCCUAGACCUGCCGGCCCCGGGGUCCCCAAGGCUGAGGAAGCAGCCCCGGCCUGGGCUCCAAGGAGGAAAGCAGGCUGCUCUGAGUUUCUGACUGAGAACAUGGACCACAGAGGGUGGGAACUGUCCUGCCUCCCGCUCCCCUGGGCCCGUGACCGCAGGCCCGCUGUGGGCCCACUCGGCCUCUCUGGCUUUGCUUCUGCUGUGGGGUCCAGGCCGCAGGCAGAGGGACUCAGGACCUUGCGCAGUGGGGCUCAGAGGAGGCUGAUGGGGGCCCGAGGGAGUAUAGCCGCUCCGGCCUGAGCUGAGGCCUGACGGGACAGGACGGGGCAGGACGGCAUGGUGGCUCCCCGGCCCCAGGCGAAGCCGCACGGUGAGAAGCGGCAACCGCCCCGCGCUUCUCUGCAGAGAUGAGGACAGUGUCCUCCCCUCACAGGGCGACAAGUUGGAAGCGGCUGCCCCUCCCUCCCUGGCAGCUGAACCUAGGGGCCGCGGCCCAGCCCCCUUCCCCGCCCGGCUGAGACCGACAGCAGGUCGGGAUGGCUCUCCGGAAGCUUGGCCUGCACGCCUGGCACCGAGUUCUCUCGAGUUCCGCCCGAGGCCUCGGCCCCCAGGAACCAGUGGGACUGAUGCCGGUGCUGGGGGCUCCCGUGGUGGCUGAUGAGUCUGG